AUGUGUGAUAAAAAUCGUGUAAGCUGCGACGUUUGUCGCACCAUCAAUCUAGCCAAACAUGUAAAACAACCGAAACCUGAAAUGCAUAUAUAUGACAAAUGCACUCCAGUACAGAAAUUUGUAUGCCCUACUGUAACAGAACUCCCACUGAAACCCACUUGCAUAAAAAUAUGUACCAAAGAAGAAUACAAGAUAAGAAAAACAGGUCACAAACCUUUACAGUACAAACCGCCUUACUACGGCCAUGGAAAAUGCAUGUACGCCGUCAAAGCUGGGAUCCUAGCAGGUUCUAUCUAUUUCACGUACACACAAGGAAUAUGGGGUGAUCAACGCGAAGUCACUGAAUGCCUACGUCGUUGGUCGGAAUACAUCCGCAGUCUAAAUACCAGACGUCCACCUACCUUUGACCAUUGUGGAAACGUAAUUAAAAAAGACAGCGUCGACAGCUUGUUAGCUCCUGUGUACAACCUCUAUAAAAGCUUUGUCACUACUUGUUUUUCGGGUGUCGUAAAGGUGCCGUUGCUGAUCAAGUGUGCCUACCUAGAAUACCUCAAGGAGUUAGAGAGGAAGCACGCCGACGCAGUCAAAGAAAGGCAAAUCAGGAAGAGGGCAUAA